AUGGCCACAAAAGCACGUACGUUCACCGGUUUGAUCCUAUCUCAGGGGCGCGAUCCGGCCUCAUCGGUCAAGGCGACAGUUGCCAUUAGUGGAGGGGACCUGACCAUCGCCGACGUGGUGGCAGUAUCGAGACAACUAACACACGUGAAGCUCACCUCGGCAGCCAUCGACUCCAUCGAAGCGUGCAGCAACAUCAUCUCCGAGAAGAUCGCCCAGGGAGAAGUCAUCUACGGCGUCAACACGGGGUUUGGUGGCAGCGCCGACACGAGGUCCGGCGACGUUGAGAGGGUCCAGCAAAGCCUAAUUAGCCACCUGACGUGCGGAAUUGUCUCGGCCGGCGAGCAGAAUCUGGCUCUGAACAGUAACGAGACUUCGAGCCAAAGCCAUAGCGAGGCCCAUCUAAGCAAUGGCAGAUCUAAUAGACAACAAAAGCAACAAGCUACGUCGGUGCCAAGUCCUCUUCCGCUCAACGACUCGCUUGCUGCUACUUGCAUGCCCGAGUCUUGGGCGAGGGCGUCCAUGCUCAUCCGCCUGAACUCCCUGGCCGGCGGUGCGUCGGGCAUCCGGGUCAACAUCGCGGACUCUCUGGUGGAUCUCCUGAACAAGGACAUCGUGCCGCGCAUCCCCGUCCGCGGGAGCAUCUCGGCCUCGGGAGACCUCAGCGCACUCGCAUGGAUCGCCGCCCUGAUGCAAGGCAAGACCUCCGCUACAGCCUUUAGCGGCCCGCGAGACUUGGGGGGGGCUAGAAGAGUGACAAGGGCCGACGUCGCUCUGUCGGAGGCCGGCAUCGCGCCCAUCAGCCUGCACGCCAAGGAGGGCCUCGCCAUCGUCAACGGCACGGCCGUGUCAGCCGGGGUUGCCGCUCUCGCGGCGCACGAGUCCCUUCACCUCGCAGCGCUAUCGCAGGUGCUGACGGCGAUGAGCGUCGAGGCGCUGCAGGGCAACGACGAGAGCUUCGAGCCCUUCAUCGCGCGUGUGCGGCCGCACCCCGGGCAGGUGGACAGCGCGCGGAACAUCAAGGCGUUCCUGGCCGGGUCAAGGCUACUCAACCGGCACGACAGCUGGAAUAGUGCGACACUGCGACAAGAUCGCUACUCGCUGCGUACGGCUAGCCAGUGGAUCGGCCCCGUGCUGGAGGACUUUGGCCUUGCGUACGACCAGCUGACGAUCGAGCUCAACUCGGUGACGGACAAUCCGCUGGUCGAUACAGAGGCAGGCCGUGUGCUUCACGGCGGCAACUUCCAGGCGCGUGCCGUCACGUCGGCGGCCGAGAAGUUGCGCCAAGGCCUCCAGAGUAUCGGCCGCAUGCUCUUCACCCAGUGCACCGAGAUGAUCAACCCGGCCACCAACUGGGGCCUGCCACCCAACUUAUGCUCCGAUGACGCCAACGACUCGUUCCUGUUCAAGGGGCUCGACGUCGUCGUUGCCGCGCUGACCUCGGAGCUGGGCUUCCUGGCCAACCCCGUCGGAUCGCACGUCCAAACGGCCGAGAUGGGCAACCAGGCCCUCAACUCCCUGGCGCUCGUUUCGGCCCGCUACACGCUCGAGGCCGUCGAAGUGCUGUCCCAGAUCGCCUCGGCGCACCUUCUGGCGCUGUGCCAGGCCCUCGACCUGCGUACCAUAGGGGUCGAGGGCCGGAACCAGGAUGCCCCGCCUGACGCGACGCCGUACAUCGGCCAAGCCUCGCGUCGCAUGUACCGUUUCCUGCGACAGGAUCUCGGCAUCCCGUUCCUGGGCGAGGCUCACCUGGCUUCGACCGAUGCCCCGACGCCGGACGGCGUCACGCCAAGCAUGGGGCUUUACAACACCCGGGUCUUCGAGUCCAUCAGGUCAGGACGUUUGUACGCCGUUGUCCUGGAGUGUCUUCAGGAAGCGGAGGCGCAACAGAUCACGAAUGGAAAACACAUAUGA